AGUUGAUGUAUAAGCAUGUUUGAUCCAAGUAUUAAUUUGUUACCUGAGUGAUACGGCCGGACAAAUUGUAUGUUGAAGUCUGUAUCAUGUGUAUGCAGGGUGAAGAUAACGAACAGUGAUCGAUCUCAUAACUCCUACAAGCAAUACAAAAUAGAAAGUUGGGCAAACACGGACCCCUGGACACACCAGAGGUGGGAUCAGGUGCCUAGGAGGAGUUCUAAUCCGGUCUAAACUAGACUACGACUGUAUAUGCAGAUCUUUCAUACAUUAUUCAGCCAUGGUGGUAUGUGAAAGAAGAUCUCGUCCUCUGGUACUGAUCACCAUUUGUGUUAUUGUGGGAUUCGUAUAUCUUACUUUCUAUCAUAAUACGUUUGGAUUCAUGAAUAAUUUUCAAAAUAAUGGAGGAAAUAGUCUAGAAAAGACAAUAUCAAAAGACAGCCCCAAUGAGAGACAAAGCAUAGAUCCAAAUUCAAAAAAGAAACAGAACAUUAAUUGCCGUGGUAGGGAACAAAAAAUCAUAAAGAAUAUUUUUAGCCGUGAUGGUAAAGGAUGGUACGAAAAUCGUGAAGUUUGUGACGCUUGUUUCGAUUUUCCAAAAGCUACCCUGAAAACUAAAUUUGGACCAACACCUAUCUUCAUAUACCCGAGAAAUGAGGAUGUUUGGGUCUCGACUUCUCUUCAGGACAGAGGGACCUUUGAAUCCGAUAAAGCGGAAAUCAUAUUCAAAAUGAUGAAAGAUGAUCCCGAGCUACAAAUUAUUGAUAUAGGAGCAAAUAUUGGUGUUUACACGCUGAGUUGUGCGAAAGCUGGGCGCAAAGUAUUGGCUGUGGAGGCAUUGGACAAAAAUAUACAGCACAUCUGCGCUUCGGUGAUGGAAGGAGGGUUACAAGACAACGUGUAUCUUGUUCACAACGCCAUUUCAAACGGACAUGACCUCGUUAAUCUUGGAAUGGACAAGAGCAAUAUGGGGGGUACAUUUGUUGAUGUUGACUCUAGUCAUAUAAAGGAACUUAAAUUGGGUCGGGCUCAAGGUACAUAUGGCCAAGUUUAUACCAUUACAAUGGACGACCUCUUAGAUCUCCCAGCUAUAAAACAUUUUAAGAAAGUUUUCAUCAAAAUGGAUGUUGAGGGUUUUGAAGCACGAGCGGUUGAAAAAUCUGUGAAGUUUUUCGAAAAAAUCAAAGUUUCGGGAUUUGUUAUGGAAUGGGAAUUUCAUAAAGGACAACCGACGGCCCAAAAAAUUAUUGAUUUUAUGACUGCGCGAAAAUUUAAACCCCAUGCCGUAAACAUUGCGAAAGCACCGUUGAAUCUUGCUGAAAGUAACAAAUGGGGUUAUGAUGUCUUGUGGCUGCCAAGCUAGCGUUAGUGUUCAUAUUUAAUUGCAUUGAUUCACGGGUACAUUUACUGAUAUUCCUUUCCAAGAAGUCGACAAAAUCAGUAAUAUGUCUGUGGUUACAUCUGGAGGACACAUUGGGGUUAUUUAAGAAAUGCGGUUACAUAUAGUCUCUUACAUCUCAUUGAUAUCACUUUGAACAUGUACGGUAUCGUUAUUUACAUUUCACGCUUUCAUUGAUUGCAAGUGUAGUGCACGUGGGGUGCUGCUGUUCACCGGAAAUGUUUAAAACGUCAUUUCUGAACAUUACGUAAGGGAAAUGAUUAAAUGUACAUAGAACAAAUGAAUUAAUUGAAAGACUGACUGAUGCAAGUUUCUGGAAAUGUGGUACAUGUAUAUCAUCUGUAUUACUUUUCACUUUUUUCAGCAGAAAUAUUUUUGCAUGUACAUGUAUUUCAUUGAAUAAUUAAAAAUACAUCCAAGGUCAA